AGCGGUCCGAGCGUAAAAAGUUUGCAAGCUGACAACAGUAGAAGUGAAUGGUGUGUGCAAAGUCUUUGCCAACUUUUUGACUGGCCAAUCAGAAAGCCCGUUUGUGAGUGAGCAUUGUCAUGAACAUACAGAUACAUAUUUUCAGACAGGUAGCAUUUUCAGCUGGAAGACAAAGCACGAACUGUAGCAGCGGAAGGGUUCAACGCUGUUGUUAUCAAGCAUUCGGAGAAGAGCUGGCUGUUGUUGUUUUUUUAGGUAGAAAAGUUACUGAUUGAGAUAAUCGAUCUGUAUAUUCCGUUGCCAUGGAAACGGACAUUCUAAACGCAAAGGAUGGGGAUGGUGUCAUCGUGAUGGAGGGGCAGAACGGAGACCUGGGAGUUCAGGGAGAAGCUAGAAGAAGAGCUGACCGCAUCUUAAGUAAGCUGACGAGUCGGAUGAUGUACAAACUCAGUGACAGACCACCUUGGUCUUCAACAUUAGUACUCGCAUUCCAACAUUUCAUUUUAAUGUUUGGUGGAUGUGUCGCUCUGCCAUUCAUUCUGGGGCCUAUUCUCUGCAUCGAAGGGAACAUCACCCUCCUCUCCAAAUUCUUCGCCACCAUUUGCUUCUUGUCUGGACUUCAAACAUUCAUCAUGACCACCAUUGGUGUUCGACUCCCCAUAGUGCAGGGGCCUCAUUAUGUGUUUAUCCUCCCCAUUAUUUCGAUGAUGAGAGUGCGAGGACCUUGUCCAGCUCAAAACGCCAACUCAACAAAUACCGAGGACAACCCCGAAUUCUAUAGCCGUAUGCAAGAGGUUCAAGGGGCAAUGAUGGUGUCUUCUCUCUGUGAAAUGGCACUCGGUGUUUUUGGAGUCAUCAGUUUCCUGAUGAAAUACAUCGGACCGUUAACCAUCGCGACUACGAUUACCACACUCGUCCUCAGUCUCACCCACAUCAUAACAGAUAAGUGCGGAGUCCACUGGGGUGUCGCGGCUUUCACGAUAGUGAUCAUCGUGCUAUGUUCCCAGUACAUCGACCGCUACAAUGUUCCCUGUCCUGGAUACAGCAAAGCCAAAGGAUGUCACCUCUUUAGAUAUCCAGCAUUCCGCCUGUUCCCAGUCUUUUUUGCUACUACUCUUGGUUGGAUACUCUGUUAUAUCUUAACCGCCACCGAUGCUAUUCCUAAUGAUCCCAACUCACCAAGCUUCCUGGCUCGUACCGAUGCGUAUGGUGACGGAGUGGCGAGGACCCAAUGGUUCUAUUUCCCUUAUCCAGGACAAUGGGGAGUGCCCACUGUUUCCGCAGGGGGUGUGUUCGGGAUGUGCGCCGCCGGUAUUACCUCUGUUGUCCAGUCCAUAGGGGACUACUACAUAUGUGCCAGACUGUCAGGUGCUCCUAGCCCACCGGAUCAUGCUUUGAAUAGAGGAAUUGGUGUUGAAGGCCUCGGUGGUUUCCUCGCCGGUAUCUGGGGCGCAGGUGUUCCUACCACGUCCUAUCCAAGUAACAUAAGCGUGAUUGGAUUAACAAAGGUGAGCAGCCUAUUGGUUAUUCAGGUGAUGUGCACUUUUCUGGUAGGAUUUGGAAUCAUUCUCAAGAUAGGAGCAGCAAUUUCAACCAUUCCCGAGCCUGUCAUAGGUGGAAUCGUUGCAAUACUUUUAGGACUGGUUCUAUCCGCGGGCAUGUCUAAUCUCCAAUUCGUUGACAUGAACUCUCCACGAAAUCUCUUUAUUGUUGGAUUUUCCAUUACACUUGGAAUAUGUCUCAGUGAAUAUUUGGAGAAAUAUCCGGAUGCUGUCCAAACAGGUUCGCCGACAGCUGAUCAAAUUAUUUCCGUUCUUCUCGGGACUAGUGUGUUCGUUACGAGCGUGUCUUGUUUCUUCUUUGAUAACACGAUUCGAGGAACCCCCGCUGAACGAGGUAUGGGGGCGAUGAUACAAGCGGACGGCGAUGACGACGGCGACGAUGAGGAGAUUGAUGACGAAGAGCUCAAGAAAGAAGUGUCUCGGCUCGUCAGAGAAGGAUAUGAUUUCCCGUAUGGAAUGUCCCUCAUCAGAGCCUGUAAAUGUACAUCGAAGAUUCCCUUUUGUCCGACGUAUACACCGACAGAAUGCAGCUGCUUACCAAAUUUUCGUUUUUGGAAGAGGAAAUCGAAGAAAUAUGACGAAAUCAAAUCCCUGGAAGUCGAAGCCCUGGAAAGACUGGAGACGACAGUGUGACAUCACAGUCAUGCAUUUCAAUAAUAACUGGUUUAAAAUAGUUUCAUAUUGCCCAGGUUCAUCAGAUUGUUAUGGUCUCUAAGAAACAUUCCUGGCGCAAGGAUUUGUUAUAGAAUCAUCACUGGAACAAAGCUUCUUGAUAAUAGUUUGCUUUGUUUUG